GGAUAAAAUCUGCAGCCUUUCUCCUACCCCUCAAGCUAAAGCGGCAAAGCCACUGAACUUCCGAACGCAAAAUGCUGGCCAACCCUAGCGGCCUGCAGAGGCGGCCGUACCAUCUUCUCCCUUCGCAUCUCUCUCUCUCUAAUCGAUUAAGCAAGCUCGCUCUGCCCCGCAGUUGCCCUCGCUUUCUCAGUUCAAGAAACUGCUCCAAGUUUGGCUCCCUGUCCCUGCUUCUACCUGGAAAUGGAAAAGGAAAAAAAUUCGCUGUUAAAGCGUUGAUAGAACCCGAAGCUGCUAAGCCGACUACCUUUGGGACUGUUUCGAGUUUUCUGCCACCGGUCUCUGUUAAAAUUCCAUUUGGAGAUAGAGAGAUUCUGGUGGAGACAGGUCAUAUAGGGAGACAAGCUAGUGCUGCUGUUAUGGCUACAGAUGGAGAAACUAUUGUCUACACAACUGUGUGUUUGGCAGAUGUUCCCAGUGAACCUUCUGAUUUUUUCCCCCUUUAUGUAAAUUAUCAAGAGCGUUUUUCAGCAGCAGGUCGGACUAGUGGGGGAUUCUUCAAACGUGAGGGGAGAACAAAAGAUCAUGAGGUUCUUAUUUGUAGAUUGAUUGAUAGGCCUUUGCGGCCAACCAUGGUUAAGGGCUUCUACCAUGAAACUCAGUUACUGUCUUGGGUUUUGAGCUAUGAUGGUUUGCACUCUCCUGAUGCCUUGGCAGUAACAGCAGCCGGAAUAGCAAUGUAUGUCUGAUU